AUGGAUUCCGAAUUUGGUGGAGGUGGAGGAUCGCGCGACAUUAAAGAUCUGGAAAAGAAGCAAAAACUACCAAAAGACUUGGAAAAAGCAGUUGAUGCCGUCUUCUUCGAUGGCUCUAACAGUGAUGGAUGGUAUUUCACUCUGGGAACAGCUGAGCGUAUUGAGAAUGUUUUGAAUCUGUUCAUGAUCUUACGAAUUCCCAAUGUUGGAACGUUUAUAGCUCCAGAAAUGCUUAAAUCAACUAAUGUUCCCUCAGAAGGUAAAAGCAAUACAUGGGCAGGUGCUGGAUGGGAAGUGUCUUGUGUGGAGCCGAUGAAAAAAUGGCUUAUUUCAUUCGAAGGAUUUAUAACUCCUUCCCCCGGCUCUCAAUUAUUCACACAAGUUGGAGAAGAACAACCUGACCCGAAUGCUAAGCUAGUCCCAGCUAAAAUUAAUCUUGAAUGGACAAACUAUGGAGAACACUUCGAUUUCGAUUUGGACAUUUCGCCGACAGCUAUUGCUCAUUCUAUGGCAAUAGAGCCAUGGAGCAGAGAACUGUUUGAUAAAGCUAAGAAAAGCCAUCAAACCCAUUACGAACAAUUUGGAUUCUUGAACGGAACUUACAUUGUUGACGGCACAUCAUAUGGUCCGAUUCGACUGACGAGUAUGCGUGAUCACACCGUAGCCAAAUUCCGUCGUUGGUCAGAUAUCAGAAGAUACAUAAUGAUGAUCUAUCAUUUGGAAGAUGGCACAUGCAUUCAUACAUCCGUCAUAUCAAUGCCUGAGACUGUCUUUACUCAUCUGGAAUUUGGAUAUAUCAUUACAGCAGAUAAAAAGAAAUAUGCUGUGGACAGGGUUCAUUUUCAACUUCCUCACCAUGGUGAGGACAAGAAUUUCCCAAGCAAAUUUCAUUAUUCCUUCGACGCAGCUCAUUUGCACUAUGACGUUGAAGUUGAAAUCAUCGAUACGGCUUCAUUUAAAAUGGGAUUGGAUCUAGCCUGUCAAGUUAAUGAAAAUAUGGCAUUGUUUAAUGCCAAUGGACUUAAAGGGUACGGAUUUGCCGAGGUCGAAUACCGCAUCUCACCAUAUUAG